AUGGCGUCGAUGCCUCUGAUAUCUAAGGAGCCACCUCUUCCGUGUCCUGCCUGGGUCUAUUCUAAUAACUCCGAUACUCAGUAUGUUGCCAAAGACCGCUGUUGGUUCGGAAAAGACUACAUCCCGUUCAGGUCUUAUGUCACGGAUAUCGCUGGAGGCUCGGCUCAAGUCAUUGGGAUAGGAACUGUCAACAUCCCCACCAUGAGCUCGCCAACCGAGACCGAUCCGGAUUCGGACAACUCCGUCUGCUUGACGAACGUGCUGCAUGCCCCCGCAAUGCUCUGCAAUAUUAUCGGAAGUCCCAUGCUGGACGACUACUCUAUCAUAUGCGACUCCCCACCCUCAACUAGCGCCGGCCGAAUUACGAACAAAUCUGAUGGCUGUGCCGUGGCCUACUUCAAGCCCAUUACUGGAAGUCUCAGUCUCUACCAAAUUCAGGUUAGCCACCCUCCAUUCGGCCAACCGUUCGGGGCUUCGCCGUUUUGCCCUAAUGGGCUCUACAUGAUUCACGCCUUCUGGUCCCAGCGUGAGCGACAUAGAUUUGCAUUCUUGAAAACCUCCGGUCUGAUUCGAGCCUCAGGCGUGGAGCCGCUAACCGAGUACGAGCAGGACUGGUUUAGGAAGGAAUGGAUGACUCUGGACGGAAUUCUAGUUGCUUAUGGGUUGAGCAAAGACCGGGAGGAACAUCGGCAGGAAGGCCGUGCUAUCAUGCGAAUUCUCAAGUCGCAUGCCGACAAUGAAGCGAGGUUCGUAUUGCAUAUGCACCCAUGUUAG